UACUAUGACAAAACAUCAUAAACAUAUUUAGAUUUUGUGACACAUAGAUAUGGCGAGUGUGAAAGUCAUUUCAACAAGUACAAUCCAUGCAGCAAACAAAGCUUCAACGGUGGAGGAGGAGAUUCAGUUAACUCCAUGGGAUCUCCAACUCCUCCUAAUUGAUCCCAUUCAAAAGGGCCUCCUCUACCGUAACGACCCGGUCACUCCACCGAUCAUAAUCCAACACCUCAAACAUUCCCUUUCAUCCACCCUUUCUUUCUUCCCACCGCUUGCGGGCCGCCUUUCCGUUACGGAACACGACGACAACACUUCCUCCGUUUUCGUUAUUUGCAACAACUCCGGAGCGCUGUUUGUCCAUGCAGUUGCGGAUGACUACUCCGUUAACGAUAUCGUUAGUUCCGUUUACACUCCACGCUUUGUGCACUCUUUGUUCCCGCUCAACAGGGUUAGAAACCACGAAGGAACAACCAAGCCGUUGUUGGCGGUUCAAGUCACGGAGCUCAACGACGGUUACUUCAUCGGGUGCACCAUGAACCACAUUGUUGGAGACGGAACUUCCUUUUGGCAUUUCAUGAACUCUUGGGCUGAGAUCUCACGUGGUUCGGAAAAAUUGUCCAAGCCUCCCGUGCUUGAACGCUGGUUCCUUGACAGCGGCGGCCAUGGCUGCUCCGCUUCUGCCAUACGGAUUCCUUUGACGAAGGAGAAGAUGAUUCAAAGUGGUUUCUACGGUUUCGUCUCAGAAAUGCAACGCGAGAGAGUUUUCCAUUUCAGUAAAGACAAGAUCGCUGAACUCAAGACAAAAGCCAACGCAGAAAUUGAAGGCGAAAGCAAAAACAAAAUAUCUUCGUUGCAAGCGCUUUUGACUCACCUGUGGAGAUCCGUGGUUCGGAACCGGGGUCUUGAGCCCGAAGAAGAGGUGAAUUACAGGUUGCUGAUAGGUGGUAGGGGGAGAAUGAAGAGUCCGGCAUUGGCGGAAAACUAUUUUGGGAAUGCGGUGCAGGAUGGAACAGUGAGCAUGAAGGUUAAAGAGCUUCUAGAAGGAGGGCUUGGAAAGGGUGCGUUGGAGAUGAGAAAGAUAGUUGAGUUGCACACCGAGGAGAAGAUGAAGAGUUAUUAUAGGGGUUGGGUAAAGAACCCUAGGUUUCUGACCGAGGGAGGCAUGGCUAGCAAUGCUUUAGUGACAAGCAGUUCGCCAAGGUUUGAUGUUUAUGGGAAUGAUUUCGGGUGGGGGAAACCGGUGGCGGUGAGAAGCGGAGCCGGGAACAAGAGCCAUGGUAAGAUAACGGUUUUUGCUGGGGCGGAAGAUGGUGUUGACAUUGAGGUUUGUCUUUCCUAUGAGAUAUUGGAAGCUAUGGGGAAUGACCAUGAAUUCAUGGAUGCCGUGUCGCUCCCGUUAAUUAUCUAACGGUUCUCAACUAUUAACUUCACCUGAAUUCUUUUUAGUUUUUACCGUUAAUUAAAGUCAUUGUGUUAUGUUUAAGUGUUUAACUCGUCAUUGAUGAAUAAAGUGCAAGAUCGAUCUAAGUUAGCUAAGUGGAUCGAACAUCAUAUUACAUCCAAUCAUGAAUAAAACGAGUGAUCAAUAAUAA